GCAAAUCAAGAUGCUGAACUUAAGAGCCAAAAGCUUCCUAAAAAAGCCUGUUCUCUUCACAACAGCCCCAAAAAGGAAGUUUGCAUACAUCCACAACUUUCACCACCCGCCAGCAGUCUAUGUAAACGACAAGAAGCAUAUCUUCGAUUGGGAUAUUUCAGAGUACGAGCCUAUCGUUAAAGCCUUCUUAACUAGAAGAUGGACUACCAAGAGAGAAGUAGCUCCCAAAAUAGAGAUCUUAACUCCUCUGAAAGGCUAUAGAGAUAGCUUAUACCUCCAGAAACUUGUGCCUCUAGAACGAUUGCUCACUGAGCACCAUAUGGUUAGGGCUUACGAGUCAGACAGCAUCAACACUCAGUACUUAAUGACUAUAUUCUGUGAGGAAUAUGAAAAGAAUUUAUACGAAGCUUAUCACAAUAAAGUCCUCAUGAACGGCCAAGUUCCCUCUCUUGCAGAUUACAAUGAACAUGAAGCUAUCAAGAAAAAGGCUGAUGAUCUCUUCGAUGUGUUCUAUAAUGGAGACAAACUCACUAGCUUUGAAAGAGAUAUCGAGAGAAGAUACCUAGCAGCUAAAUUUGAAAAACUUUCCAAGUAUAAAAAGAAUAAGUCUGAAAGGUAUAAGGUCAGGUGGACUUUAAGCGACAUUAACCGCUUCCAAGAGCAUGAUAAUUAUAGAAUGACCGAUCCAGAAUAUUUAGCCAAACCUAAACCUAUUUUCUCAUAUUUCACAAUGGAUGACUCUCUUAAACAUCUGUAUACUUAUUUAGAUAUUAAAAAUGUUGGACGGAUAAGAAGAUUUUGGGUAUGGCUCACAGAGAUGAGACUUUACGAAAGAUCAAGACACAGAAAUCAGCUCCAGGCUAAAAUCAUCUUGCAGAAGUUAUUCCAAUAUCCAGAUACUUGGGAAUUUGUGAAUCAACUGGAGGUUGAGGAAGACUUUCACAUUAAUCACUCGAUAGUCAACAUGCAUAUCUGGCUUGUUUGCACUCGUCUGAGGGAUUUCACAAAGAACAAGUUUGCUGAAGAGCUUGCCCUUGACCUUAUCGAUACCUUCAACGGUUUUACUCGUAAUGAAAUAUAUGACCUUGAUGUAAUGAGAAAAGAGAGGAAAAUAGAAAGCAUUGAAAACUACCUUUUCGCUAUCAGGAAGAACUUUGACAAUCAUUUCUACAUCAAUGGUAAAACAGCAGAGAAUCCUUACUUCAAAAUUGACUCUCUGGUCUGGAGUUGUAUCUACCACGAAAAGGUUCCCAGAUACUCAGACAAGGUUUACAAGAUGAGUGAGUACCUCAUCAAAUCAUUCAAAUACAUAAAAACUUUAAGUUACCAAGAUAUUGAAGGAGGAAACUUUGACUGGAAUGCCUGACUCACCCCUAUAAAUUACGAAGAUAGAGUCAUCAAAUACAACAUCCCUCUUAGCGAGUAUGAGUUCCAACGAGAAAUGAAUAGUUCUUACAAAGUCAAGAAGUACCACUAUAAUUACAGAUGGCCAGAUGAACUAAGUGAAGAAAACCUCAAAAAGACCUUCAUCAACAUGAUGGCCAAUGACCACCUCUACAGUGGAAAUGAAAAAUCUGUCAAACAAGAAGACCUUGAUUUUGAUGCCCUCGAAGGUGAAGCCAAGAAAGAAAUGAUGUUCAAACUUCAACAAAAGUUAGAGGAAUAUGGAAGUCUUCCCACUGACGAUGAUAACUACUACAGAGAUGAAAAGCAAGGUCACUCAGCUAUCUCCUCUCAGUUCGAAAUUUGGCAGAAAAACAUGAUCCUUCCUCUCUCAGAACAAAUCUCAGAGCAGCAUGAGAGAAAGCUCAAAAGAGAUGAAAUUGAAAAGAGUCAACAAGGGAGUUCAGAUAGCGUCUUUGACGAAGGAGUUUAUGAUCCUAAUGCCUUCCUAGACCUUGAAAAAUAUAAGAAAGCUAGAAAGACUGCUCUCCGAAAUACCUACACCACCGAACAAAUUGAGAAGAAAGAGAGACAAAACCGGAGAAUAGAAGAGCUAGACAAAUUCGCUAAAGGCGAAAGUGCAGACAUGAAAAUCAUCAAAAGGAAGAAAGCAAGAUCUAGGUUCAGACCCCCAGCUGAAGAAGAUAUCGACGAUGAGGUUGACGACCAUGUCGAAAUAGAAAAUCAGAAGAAGAGUAAAUAUAGAUUAUGGUAGACCAAUUCUAGAGAA